UAAGCGUCGCGACGCGACUUCCGAACGCGUGAACGGUACAUAUUUUACGUCGGCUUGUAAUCGCGAUUGCACGAAUCUCGGUGGUUUAUGCGACUAUGAAUUUAUUCGUUAUACGUCUUACCAGAUGUAUUUCAUACGGUUUUCCCGUUACUCUAAUUUGUGUAGCAUAAGUUUUUCAGUUUGUGGGGAAAAGUUGUGAGAAAGUUGUUUCUUUGUUACCAUACAAUGUAGUAGACAAACAGUUCGGUUCAGUUUCUCAUGAUGGGAAAGUUGCAAAAUAUUAGCAAAUUUUGGAUUUAAAAAUUACCUCCGAAGAAACAGCAACCCCAUGCCCGCUCGCAAGGGGCUGCUUGCGCCCCAAAAUACUUUUCUUGAUACAAUUGCAACAAGAUUUGAUGGAACACACAGUAAUUUCGUAUUGGGAAAUGCACAAGUGCCAACGCUGUAUCCAAUCGUUUACUGCUCAGAUGGUUUUUGUGAACUUACUGGUUUCACAAGAGCGCAAAUUAUGCAGAAGGGGUGCGCAUGCAAGUUUCUGUACGGAACCGAAACUAAAGAAGAGCACAAAAGUCAGAUAGACAAAGCCCUCGAACUUAAGACUGAACUCAAGUUGGAAGUUAUUUUCUACAAGAAAAAUGGUACUCCAUUCUGGUGUCUGCUGGAUAUUGUCCCGAUUAAGAACGAGAAGCGGGAAGUGGUGCUUUUUCUUGCAUCGUUUAAGGACAUCACGCAAACGAAAAUGGCCGAAAUGUCUGAAAGCGAACUCUACGAUAGCACUUUCUAG